AUGCCCGACCGCAUCACCGUCUCGGGCCUCAAGUGCGAGCUCGCCAACGGCGUCGGUCCCUCGGCGUUUGGCCUCGUCCCUCCUCCCCCGUGCCCACUGGUGCUGGACGUCGACAUCGACCUCCUCCCCAACAUUGUCCCAGCGAGCGUCGACGAAGACGACAUGCCGACCCUGGGUGUCAACUACAGCUCUGUCUCAAAGGCAAUCCACAAGAUCUUUUCCGAUACGAGCAGGACAUGGACCCGCCCCACUGAGCUCCUCGACGCCGCUGCUGCCGUGCCCCUCGCGCUCCCUGCCGUAGCCGGCGUGCGUGUUCGCGCGACUCUUCCGCGUGCGCUCCUCCACGCCCAUGCGGCCGAGUACGCGCGGUCGUAUACCAAUGCAGCGGGCAAUAGCUCCAAGGGUGAGAUGGACUGUGUGAUCCGGGAUCUCCGUGUCGCUACUGUCAUCGGCCUGCACCCCCACGAGCGGGCUGAGAAGCAACGGCUCGAGGCCGAUGUCGAAGUGUCGAGUGUUCCGGAGGACGGCUGGAGUCAUAAGAGCGUUGCGGACGCAGCCUUGAAUUUCCUUGAAAAGUCGUCCUUUGGCACCCUCGAGUCGCUCGCCGACACCUUUGCCCGUCAUCUCCUCGCGCUCCCCGACGUCUCUGGCAAGUCUGUGGACAUUACCAUCCGCAAGCCCAGCGCUCUCCCGUAUGCCACCCCCCUUAUCAACGUCUCUCGCCGUGCGACCGACUACGAUGGUCGCGGCGGACUGUCCACUCGCGGCGUGAGGAUGUUUGGCACCACUGCCCCGCCCGCAGGCCCCACUCCUCCCGCUCCAACCCCGGCACCCAUCCCGCUGGGCUCUCAGCGCGUCUUCAUCGCCGUCGGCUCCAACAUUGGCGACCGCGUUGGCCACAUCCGCAACGCCAUUCAUCUCCUUGAGGCAUCUGGCUGCAAGCUCAUCUCGACGUCGCGUCUGUACGAGAGCGAACCGAUGUACGUCACGGACCAGGACCUGUUCAUGAACGGUGUCAUUGAGAUGAGCACUGCGCUUGCUCCCCUCGACCUUCUCCGCGUGCUGAAGAAGACCGAGACAGAGGUCGGCCGUGUCAAGACGUUUAGGAAUGGCCCGCGCGUUAUUGACCUCGACCUGAUCCUGUAUGGCGACGAGGUGGUCAAGAUCGGCACCCGCGGCGACGCGGCCGACGCCGACGGCGUCGCUUGGCUCGAGGUCCCGCAUGCGAGCGUCAUGGAGCGCGAGUUUGUUCUCCGGCCCCUCGCAGACAUUGCCCCCGAGCUCCACCACCCUGCCUUGGGUGGCUCUGUCGCGCAGCUCCUCGCUGGCGUUGCUCCAGGCGGUCUCGCCCCCAUCAUCCCAUUCCCUGCCCCCGCACGCGUCUUGAGGCUUGCCCCCAUCGGCGCUGUUGCCACGCCUGCCAUCAUGGCCAUCUUCAACGCCACCCCAGACUCGUUCUCGGACGGCCACGAGUCGCGCAUCGAGACCACCUCGGCGCUCGCAGGCGUCCAGGCGCUCAUGACUCUCGCCACACCGCCCACCAUUGUCGACAUUGGCGGCAUGAGCACGCGUCCCGGUUCACUCCCUUGCACGGAAGACGAAGAGCUCGCGCGUGUCGUGCCCCUCGUUCAGGCCAUUCGCAUCUCUGACGAGUCGCCGGCCUCCACCCUCCCCCUCAGCAUCGACACGUACCGUGCGUCCGUCGCCGCCGCGGCCAUCGACGCCGGCGCGAGCUGCAUCAACGACGUGCGCGGCGGCGCCGAGCCGGGCAUGCUCGAGGCCAUGGCCAAGGCCGACUGUCCCGUCAUCCUCAUGCAUUCCCGCGGCGACAGCGUGAGCAUGACCACGGCCGACGAACAGGUCUACCCCGAGGGUGUGGUUGCCGGCGUGCGGUCCGAGCUGGCUAAGCGCGUCCGCGCCGCCCUCGCUGCCGGCGUGAAAAAGUGGGACAUUGUGCUCGACCCGGGACUCGGGUUCGCCAAGAACCAGGCGCAAAACCUCCAGCUGCUCAAACACAUUGGCGAGCUGGCGACGGGCGAGUUGGCAGGAUACCCCGUGCUGGUGGGUGCGAGCCGCAAGGGCUUUGUGGGCAAAAUCACGGGCCGCACGGUCGCUGCCGAGCGCGGGUAUGGCGAUGCGGCCGUGAACGCAUUCUGUGUCCAGAGCGGGUGUGUGGAUGUGCUGAGGGUCCAUGAUGCGCAGGCUGCGGCCGACUCGGUGGCCAUGGCGACUGCGAUCCGGGAUGCGGACAGGAGUGUGUGA